AGACCCUCUUGGAUGAAGAAUGCGAUCACAUUGAAAAAUAAAUAACUCAUUGUGUUGCCCUGCGCCGCUCGAACCUGACAGAGACGCUCUCCAAAAUGCAGCAACAUCUCAUCCUAUCUAUUUUUCUGGCAUUCUUUUUCAAAAUCUGCACCGGUGCAGAUUGGUGCUACCAGUCCCAACAUACCUGUGACACCCCUUGUAAUGGACCUGAGAAGUGGGAUCAUGUUAACAGAGUCUGUGCAGGCGAUAACCAAUCCCCCAUCAACAUCGUCCACAGGAAGACCGUACCAGACAAUCGCCUCACACCCUUCCAGUUUAAACAGUACCAGGAUUCCUUCCAAGGCGCGAUUAAAAACAAUGGACACUCUGUGCAGGUGAACGUGCCUCACGAUGCCUAUGUGAUUGGUGGAGACCUGGAGAUGCCCUAUAAGGCAGUGCAGUUCCACCUGCACUGGGGCAAGAACGGAGGACCAGGGUCAGAACACACCAUCGACGGAGAGCAGUACCCCAUGGAGCUGCAUAUUGUUCACAUGAAACAGCAGCACUCAAACUUGGGAGAUGCCUUGAAAGAUCCAUCCGGAGUUGCAGUCCUGGGAUUUUUCUACGAGGAAUCUCUCAGUGAAAACCGAAAAUAUGACCCCAUUGUAAAAGCUCUCCAGAGCAUCAAGACGACUCAUGCUCAAGCCACUCUGAGUGCUGUGUCUCUGGAGCAGCUGAUUCCUCCCCAGCAGAACCUGACCAACUACUACCGUUACAAAGGCUCCCUCACCACCCCCAACUGCACUGAGUCCGUGGUCUGGACCGUGUUUGAGAAGCCCAUUCCUCUCAGCAAAAACCAGCUGCGUAAGUUUACAGAACUCCAGUUUAAGGACGGCAAGGACAUGGUGGACACCUUCCGGCCGGUGCAGCCCCUGAACCGCCGCGUUGUGUACCGGUCUGGAGGCGCAGUGGCGCUGGCUAGCGCCGCGCUCCUCGUGGCUUCCGUCGCCAUGGCGAUGGGACUGUCACAGCCCAACUAGAGGAAGGCCGAGCGAGCCGCACCACCACCACCACCACCACCACCACCAGCAUGAACACCAUGAGUUCUCAGAACCAACCGCCAAAUAAACAAACUAAACUAAACUACAGCAUCAAUCAACCAACAUCCAUGCCCUAACCUUUGAAAACUCUCAGCCUGAAAACCAACAUGCCCCAGACCCCUUUACAAUGACCUAUAGGGAUUAAUUCCUUCUCAAACUUUAGUAUUAGAGCUCUCGAGUUCUACAGUUCAUAAGUUCAACAUCCCUCCCUGUUCAAUGUCGGGUCAAUUUAGAGUCCCCAGUCUAAAGUUACAAUACAAAAUGUGAGGACCCUCUGCUCUGUGUUCAGGUGGUCGGUCAGGCUGCUGCUAUAGGCUAAACAUAGAGGCCUAUACAUCCAUGACCUGAUUGGCACUGGACUGGCAAGUGAUCAUGUUCUUGAAUGGAACGUGUGGAUGGUGGCUAGUCGCUAUUAAUAGCCAGCAGUCAUAAAUACUUUCCAGUCUCCAGAUUAAAACCGAGGAGAGGAGAGAAAUGCCAUGGCCUGAUCUUUCCCUCUGCAUUGCCAAGUCCAUGAACUCCCGUUAUCACAACCACCGUCACCGGUUAGGUGAGCAUGCUAUUGCCACCCACCACGGGCCCCGGGGCAACAUUAUCUAAGGGGCAAGGAGGACGGAGGUCCCCAUAGCAACACACGAAUCACUCACCCAGGGGCCCAGGGGUAACUAAAAGACACAGGCCGACCCAUGAGGAACACAACACACCAUAGUGAGUGUUAAAGUGUUUAGAGGCUGGACUGUCCCUGUCCCCCCCCCCCCCCCCCCCCAGCCCCCCCUAGUCACACAUGAGCUCCACCUCUUGGUGGAGGAAGAGGAGGUGGAGGAAGAUGCGGAGCUGGAGUGAUGAGCUUUCCGGCUCUGAUCCUAGGUCAUGAGGUUGAUUGACAGAUUGAUUGAUACUUAUUUAUUGAUUAACCCCCCCUAAUUGAUUGAUAAAUAUAUAGAUUAAUUGAUUGACAGAUUGAUUGAUACUUAUUUGACCAAUGUCGUUAUAGUUUUAUGGCCAAUUAUCCAUAUCCAAAUGUUUAGCAUGGAUCUGCAUGUUGUCUCUCUCUUUCUCUCUCUCUCUCUCAAGAGAACCAUAGAGACUGUACACACUUUAUACCUAAGCCACUUCAGAAACUGUAUACCACCAGCUCGGCCAAUUAAACUGUCCCUUUUGAGAACAUGUGACCUUGUGUUCACAGCUUAUAUUACGGGGGUCUUGAAUGCACUGAAUGUUACCUACUGUGAAUUAUUUACUCCAAUAUGAUCAAGACAAGACUGAUGUACAGAAUGAACUAGGAAUAUUAAUUAUAUACAUGUUCCGUUUGUUUCAUAGUACACCAAUGUUAUAUUACAUUUAUAUACUGUGUAAUGUGUACACGUAUUUUGUGUACUGUAUGUGUAUUGAUAUAUAUAUAUAUAUAAGGACAUACUGUUGAUGUUAUUUAUAUACAGCUUGGUGUUUAAAAGUUUAAAUAUAAUGAUUGUUUCUGCCUUGGCCAAGUCUCCCUUGAAAAAAAAAACUCUGGAUCUCAAUGGGCUUUUCCUGGUUAAAUAAAAGUUCAAUAAAUAAACAACUAUAGAUAUAUAGAUAUAGAUAUAUAUUUCAGAAAGAAAACCAAUCCCCCUCCCCAAAAGGGGAAAUGGAUUAUAUUAGCAAGUUGUUUCUGACCAAUUCAAAAUAUGUUAACUCUUGAAAUGAGAUAUGUUCAGAAGUAUUAAACGUUUGAGUUUGUUUGGUUGUAAUGUUUGAAAAUGUUAUACGUGAUAUGGAGAAUGAGUUCCGAUUGAAUAAACUACUGACAUGCCUUUUUGUUAA